AUGCCUCUUAGUCGUAAGCGCUACACAGUGAAGGACAAGAUCGACAUCGUCCACUGGUUUCGAGGGAACGGCUCGAACUAUUCCGCCACACAGAGGGAGUUUGGAGUUGACCGGAAACUCAUCAGAACAUGGAACCACGAUUACGACAAGCUACUUAUGAACUCCGGUGGGAAGACAGGAUCCCUGAAGAAGAUUGGUGCAGCGACGCCACCAAGGUCUAUGGAGCUUGACAACGCCGUGUUUGAAUGGUUCGUGGAGGAGAGGGCCGAGGGACGAGCCGUGACUAAUUAUAUGCUACAAGCUCAGGGCCGCAUCAUCGCCAGCCAGCUUCGAGUUGAUGGUUUCAUCGCAUCCAACGGCUGGCUACGCAGAUGGAAGAAGCGCUUUUCUGUCGGGAUUCGCCGCGGGACCAACGACGCACAGAAACUGCCAUCAGAUUAUCAGGAGAAGAUCGCCGCCUUCCACGACGCCAUCCGCCACCUCCGCCAGGCCAACGACUAUACCGCGUACAACAUUACCAACAUGGAUCAGACUAUGGUCCGAUUUGACACGCCAUUCACCACGACCAACUCCAUGAUCGGCGAGAAGACUGUCCGUAUCACGAACAGCGGCGGGGCCAAGAAGGGUUGUACCGAGAAAUCUGGUGAGCUGUCGUCCCGGAUCCAGGCUUCACUUCGGAUUCCUCCGAAUGUUCGAGUAUCCGCUUCCCAGAACGGAUGGAUGACGGCUGCCGAGGUGCAACGCUGGAUUCGGCGAGUGUGGGGCCCGAACACUGACGAUGUCCGCAGACUGCUCACUCUGGACAGUUACCGUCCACACACCUGUCCGUCUACCCUUGAGAUCUUCAAGCAGUAUGACACAGACAUCGUCACCAUUCCCGGAGGAGUAGUCUUUAAGAUAACAAACUACUUCGGUAAUCAGGGUAUCCAAGUAGGAGACUGCAACACCAUGCAGAUAGCGGAAAUGUUAUCCGGAAAAAAAGGAACCACACGGGAAGAUGUUCACAUAGAUAACCUUCUAUGUGGUGCACUUAACAGUAUUCUAAACCCGAAACGUUCCAAGUCUCCACAUCCAAUGAAUCUGAACGUGUUGGAAACGAAAUUUAUAGAAACGUUUGGAGAUCAUUUACCGGAGGGAAAGAGAACGUUCACAAGUACAGCUGGCAUGUCGCUCCAAUCAUUCCUUCAAAAGCAUGGGGAUUAUUACGAGACACACUUUACAUCAAAGGGAAAGACAAUGGUGCAACAAAGACUAUCGACAUCCGAGUCGGAAGAGAUUCCCAGUGACAACAGUCAUACACACGCUUGUAACAGCCGUAAACAGGCUAUGAGGCUCGAGAAAGAAAACGGUGGCGCUUUGCAGAAGGAAAACAUUGUAUACGAUCCCUUGAAUGACAAAAACAGAAAUACGGAAGAAAUAAGUCAAAUUGACAAUGAUGCUGAUGGGUGGCAAACAGUUUAUAGUAAAGGACAUAAAAAAAUGAUAAAAGCAACGAAACAGAGUGUCAAACCCGAAAGUGAAAGGAAACAACAAAAAUAUGCAGAUCAAGGACACUGUUUUAUAAAACAUCUUCUCGAGAAAAAAAGCAGUCACGAUUUGAAGUUUGUGCCAUCGGAUACCAUAUACUUCCAGAAUUACCUCUUGUUUACCAUAGAUAUCAUCAGUAUGUGGAAUACCCCAAAGGAGGUCCCCUCGUACAUUGUCCUUGGUAUUUUCGAUAAUGGCACAGAUGGGUUAGAGUCUUACACCACCACAGGAAUGAAAACAAGUCACACAACUGAGCAUUUCAAAAAAAUUUUCUUGUAUGACUGCGUGGCCGGCAGUAUCCCAGAGUUCUCGUAUACUGAACUUUUUCUAGGAAACGAUGUAGUAGGCGUGAUUGAAAUAUGCAACACUGGAACGAGUCCAUCUCCAUGUGUGAUGAACUGCAACCGGGAAAACAUUGCUAUUGCGACACGCGAAGGAGACAUGUGGAUUCGAAAGAACUCAACGACUAUUGUUUGCAAGCCUACAGAUCACAUAUUUGCACAGGUAUAUCGAUGGUUUGCAGAAAGCCAUGCAAAUACCUCAAAUAACGUGCAAGGUUUCGUUAAUGAAAAAUGUUCCAUCCGAGAAACCGAGAACAAAGAUUCGAACCCCAUUGUUUAUUCGCGACAGCCAAGUGCCGUUUCAGAAACGGACGAUGGUUUGAAAGUAUGUAUUUCAAUGGAUCAGAUGUUAGAUGCUGUGAACAAUUUUCGCAAGGGUCACUUCAUUCUCUUGGCCGGUGAUAUAUCCAGUCAAUCCAAAAACAUUGAUGCAAUCGCAUGUGUACGCUGGCUGGCUGUUUUUGAUUUCGAUCCUUACAGCAGAGACCGAGGACUUCUUUGUUCAAAUGAGGAACCCUUGUCCAAAACGACAUCCCUUCAUAUCACCACAUGGAAGUCAAUCAACAAGCCUAUAUCGGAGUACGGAACUAAUUGGUGUUUUAUACGUGGAUCAAGAGAUGACCCUGAAAGUCGAGAGUGUUUCCAAGAAUCAGACGAUCUGCAGAGUUGGAGUCGAAAAAUAAAACCGUUCAUUGAUCCUUACUUGAAUGAUAUACAGGAUUUCGUUGCAGAUUACACCGUGCUGACCUCGAUCGUUUUAUGGCCUGAAGACGAAAGGAUGCUCCCUUACAUUCUGAAGAUGAUAAAUAAGUUAGAUGAAAACAUUGAUCCUCCUCCAAAACUCGUUGUCGUCCUUGAGUCAGAACCUCGGACUGAAGCCGGAAAAAGACUCUUCCGUAUGUUUUGUGACGAACAGAACGAAAACGUUACUUUCGUUCGAAUGAAGUUAAGCGACGUUCUGGAUGGACUGAGUCAUGCGCUUAAACAGAAUGACAAUACACAUGAAGUCAGAUUUGAUCUACCUGUAACCGAACAAAGAGAUGUCUGUGUAUUGGAGAGAGAUGCAUCAUGGCUGCGUGAGCAUUUGAACGUUUUGUUCAAAUCCAGCCCGUUUGUACAAAGGGAGCACGACAUGGAGUUCCUGCAGGAAGAAAGCGACAGUUUCUAUCGUGGUGGAACACUUCAUUGGCGGACUUGGUACAGUUGUGAAGCAGGUCAUUUUGAUAUAGAGAGAGAUAUUUACAGAAACGCCAAAACAGUCAUUCAGACAAAUAUUCAGAAAGAGAAAUCAGGUCUGGUGACACUGUGUCAUGCCCCUGGUGCCGGAGGUACAACACUUGCCCAACGUCUCGCCUGGGAAUUCCAUGAGAAAAUUCCAACAGUACAUGUAAGGAACAAUAGUUUCAGUCUCCUCGAUAUUGUCCCAAGGAUUGAAUUCAUUUACAGUAAAACACGGAAACCAGUCCUGGUACUUAUUGAUGGAGAAGACGAGCAAAAGGUGUUUCAUCUAAUGCAGUAUCUAAAAAGAAGUUGCAUUACCAUCAUUUUGUUUGUGAAGAGGCGUCUCUGUAAGCCACAAGUUAGCAAAGAUGACACCGAACAGCUGUGGUUAAGUGGCAUCGUUUCUACGAAGGAAGCAAAACAGUUGACCCUGAAGUUGUCAGUUCACUGCAAGGAUGACGAAAGAAAGAAAAGGAAUUUGUCUAGAUUGUGUAAGGAGACCGAGCAAGGAAAACGGCACCAUCUGAUCAAUUUUGGUCUCACUGUUUUUCUGCAUGAGUUUAGGGGUAUAUCGUCCUUUGUACAAGGCUACUUGCCCGUCUCGGGACACGUAGAGUCACCAACAGCUGACCAGAACAUAUUGCUCUUUCUAGCAAUUGCGUAUUUCUAUGGGCACACAUCACUUCCUUGUCAGUUCUUCAGCGAACUUCUCCACUUACCAGCAAACUAUUGUAUAGAUCUAGAUGAUUUUCCACAGUCGGUCCAGUCUUUUGUUGUCGAAGACGAAGGAGAAGGUAAGAAGUCAAACAUUCGGAUUUGCCAUAAUCUGGUGGCAAAAGAAAUCCUUGAUCAUGUUUUGUCACGAGGAAGAAAUCCAAAAGACUCAAUACAAUUAGGACUUUCUGAACCAGCACGACAUAAACUUGCAUCUAUUUGCUUAGAGUUUAUAAGAUACGCAAGCAGAAGGGAAAAAAGGGGUUCAAUUUCGUCAAAUACAGUUGUACACUGCUUGAGACAAAUUUUCGUUGUACGGGAUACUUUGGAUAUGAAUCAGGGAUCCGAACAUCUGACGAGAAAGACUCUCAUUUCAAAGGUUUUAAUGGACAUUAGAUCUUCACCGCCAUUGUACAGUGAAAGGUUAGAGGUUUUGAAGAAACUCGUUCAAGCGUUUCCUGAUGAUCCAAGUUUCAUAGCACAUCUUGGUAGGUUUUACGCAAACUGUCUUCCACAUGAAGAGAAAGAGACUGAGAAAUGUUUUCUUAAGUCUCUUGAGUUGUGUGAAGCCAAUACCAGAGGAACCAGUGAUGGGAAAAUAAACGACAGAACGAGGCUCCCUAUGAUGUACAUAUAUCAUAUGUAUGGCAUGUUUCUACUGAAACUGAUCAAACGUGAAACCGGAAAUGGUACCUUCGGCGCCGUUACGGGUAGCUCGGAAUCAGAAAAAGCAUCUAGAAACAUAGAUGAACUUCUUACUUUAGUUAAACAAGCAUGUUCGCUGUUUGAAAAGUCCAGGAUGUACACGCCUGUUGAACAGGAAAGUGGCUAUGGUUAUACCGGUGAAAUUGAAGCUCGUCUUCAUUUUUGUGAUUUUCUUCAAAAAGAAGAAUCUUUUCUCAGAAGUACAUUUGAGAUCACCCGUGAGAAAGUGAAUAUCUUUGUCAGAAAAAGUAUCCCGAUUAUAGAUCAACUUAUAAACGAAUGCACGAAAGAGUCACCUCGUCAAAAAGAAAUCGGCUACUUCAUUAACAAGUACACCCGAUGGUACGACCACCUGUUUAAGGGAAAAGUUUUCACUUUGGAACAGAUGGAAGACUGCUGUGACAUUGAUUCAUGUCGACUGGGAAUCGCUUUGACAAAAAUUAACCACAAAUCAGGGACCAGAAGUAGCGUCAAUAUCAUGGACGAUAUCAAGAACAAGGAAGACAUAGAGAACAUAGUGAAAUUGUAUGAAAAGGUUUUUGAAUUGGUCGAUGUCUGUGAUACGUACAGAGAGCAAAAGGUUUUAGAAACGAACCUUAUUGAUUGGUUGAGAGCAAUCAGACACAAAGAAAUGACCACAGAAUACAGCAUCGAGCAUGUUCUUGGACUUGUAGCGAAAAUCUAUAACAUUGUAUCAUCACCAGUUGUGAAGUUUUACAUCUUCGUCCUGAAAAGUUUGUUAGGGUUUGGAAUUUGCUCAGAGUCAAGACAGGUGGAUACCAGUGUCCUUUAUGAUGCCAAGCAACUAAAGACUGAUCUCAAAGCUUGUGGAAAUGACGUGAUGAAGUCCAGAUACCCUAGGGAAUGGAUAGGGAAUUCUGGAAAUGGAAUCAAGCUUCUAAUCCCGGGAUUUCAGUGCACGUCCUUGAUGCCAGAACACAGGUUAACUAGGCAUUUUCCACUGCUAUAUGUCUUCAAGGGAUCAGUGUGUCAUCCAAACAAGAAGAGGCUCGCAGGAUUUAUCAGUCUAGACCUUGGCGAAAACACGUGCCCGGUGGAAGUCUUCUUCAUACCUGAUAUUGCAAAUAUGACAGGCUCCCAGCAUGCAGGACGUAGGGUGGAGUUCACGCUCGCAUUCAGUAUUGAAAAUGGAUAUGAGGCUUUCAAUGUGACUUCUUUGAAGAAAUAUAAAUGCAUACACUUUCCAUGUGGGGCUAGUGUUGAAAUCACCUCUGCUGAAGAGUUUGGUGUUUGCUAUGCUUGUAAACGGGCGGUUUACAGAAAUGACUUCCUUGAAGAAGAUAAAUGAGAAAUCUGCACAAUCAUUAUAGACUGGUUCAAGAAUCAUACUCUUAUCCCA